UGGAAUUGAUUUUUAUGGAAUACACAUCUUUCCACACAAAGUUUUAUUAAAAGAUGAAGAUUUCUUUCACCUCAAUCCCAUUGCGUUUCUUCAUCAUCUUCACAGCACUCCUAUGCAUAUAUUUUGCUAUUCAAAAAAAGAAAACAUCAUUCAUAAAUAUAUAUUCAAGUGUGGAGAUCCCAACCAAUAAGUACACCUCCUUUUUGGGUCCUAAACUUGAUAAGCUUCCUAAUCAAGAUGAUGUUAUACAAUUAUUUCAACAAUGGAAGAAUGACCAUGGACGAAACUAUAGUAACCUAGAAGAGAUGGCAAGGAAAUUUGACAUUUUUGUUAAGAAUUUGAAGUAUAUCACAGAGAGUAAUGCAAAGAGAGACACACCUCAUAGCGCUCUUCUCGGUCUGACCAAUUUUGCUGAUUUGAGCUUCAUGGAGUUCAAAGAAAGAUACAUGACCACGAAUAUUAGCACCAUGAAUUUUGCAACCGAUGAUGAUGAUGAUGAUGUUGAUGAAUUAGCAUAUAGUAAGCCACCUACAUCCUUGGAUUGGAGAUCAAAAGGAGCUGUCACUUCUGUUAAAGAUCAAGGCGCUUGUGGUAGUUGCUGGGCAUUCUCGGUUGCAGGUGCAAUCGAAGGAAUAGUUGCAAUAGUUACAGGAAAGCUUAUCAACCUUUCAGCACAAGAGCUUCUAGAUUGUGACUCGGGAAGUGAUGGUUGUGAUGGUGGAUAUACGACCAGUACGUUCGAAUGGGUUAUAGGAAACAAAGGAGUUGCUUUGGAGAGUGAUUAUCCUUAUACUGGAAAGAAGGGGGUUUGCAAAGCCUCAAAGAUUCCAAAUAGUCCAAUUAGUGCCAUUAAAUCAUUUGAUCGCGUGACCAAAACAGAAAAAGGACUAUUAAGUGCCGUUACUAAGCAGCCAAUUAGCGUGAUGGUUUAUUCUGACACAGAAGACUUUCAACAUUACACCAAUGAAAUAUAUAAUGGUCCCAAUUGCUCGAAGGAUUCAAAAGAUGCAGACCACUUCAUGUUGAUAGUGGGUUAUGAUUCAGUAGACGGUGAAGAUUAUUGGAUCGUGAAGAAUACAUGGGGCACAAGUUGGGGAAGAAAUGGUUAUAUGUUUGUAAAAAGGAACACUGGUAAAAAGUAUGGAGUGUGUGGAAUCAAUCAAUGGGCUUUUUACCCAAACAAAAAAAAGUGAUGAAGAAUAAAAGUCGAAAUAAGAGUCUAAAUAUGUUUCAUUACAUGGAUAAUGAAUAAAAAUAUAUGUUGUUAUGAACAUGUUAGUUCCUCUGAAUUUUGAAGUUGCUUAGUCGACCGUUAGAAACAA